AUGCAAGAGAUCAAUAGAAUCAAAGCCAUUCUAGAUCACAACUUCAAAAUCAAAGAUUUAGGUGUUGUGAAAUAUUUUCUUGGAUUAGAAGUUGCACAUUCAAAAGAAGGCAUCAGCAUCUCACAGAGGAAGUACUGCUUAGAUUUACUUAAUGACUCAGGCUUACUUGGAUCCAAACCAGCUUCCACACCUCUGGAUCCUUCUAUUAAGCUUCAUCAGGACAAUGGUAAACCAUUUGAAGACAUAAGCUUGUAUAGAAGACUUGUAGGUAAGCUGUUAUAUCUCACUAAUACUAGACCAGAUAUAACCUAUGCUACUCAGCAACUGAGUCAAUUUCUGCAUAACCCAACUGUGACACAUUAUAAAGCAGCUUGUAGAGUGAUUAGAUACCUCAAACACAACCCUGGUAGAGGUCUUUUAUUUCACAGAAAUGCAGAUCUACAGCUGCUUGGAUAUUCAGAUGCAGACUGGGCAGGAUGUAUGGACACAAGAAGGUCCACUACUGGAUAUUGUUUCUUCUUAGGCACAUCAUUGAUAUCAUGGAAAGCAAAGAAAUAG